AUGGCCAGCACAGUAAGAUGCCUCAAGGGACUCGUCGCGAAAAGAAAUGAUGCAGCGAUGAAUUGGCUGCAGGACUCCAUGCAAGCGCUCACGGAUAUACAAGCCAAGGAAAGCGCAAGGAGGAUAAAAACCUGUGAGAGGUACAUCGAGCUUCUCGAAACAUCACUGACAAAGCUAACGAAGGCCUUUGAUGAAGCUCCAGAGACCACAGAAGAGGAGGAAGAUCACUUGGACAAGUAUAUAGAAAAAACCCAGGCAACGAUAAUGAAGCUGCACGAUCAUAGGACACAGCUAGAAGAGACCCUAGAAGACAUCGGGAUAGAGGCAGAUGACCGGUCAAGCCCAUAUGCAGACACUUCUCCCAUUGAUGAAGGAGCUUCGAGAACCUUUGAACCAGAAACUGCUACAACUCUACUGUUAAGGCAAAGACAUACUGCUGCCCCUUUGCAUCCUGAAGGAACAACGAUGCACGAAUUGCGGAACUAUGACUCUAGGGAAGCUCGAGACUUGAUGCAAAUGAUGAAUCAGCAUUUCGAGACCCUUGUGCGGGAAAUGGAGAACGGAUUCAAAGCCAUCCGAGAAGAAAUCAACAGGCACCAUGAUAAGACACAAGGUGUAAACGCUCACAGGGAGCAUCCAACCUUAGCAAGGACUAUGCAGCCAAGGGACAAAGUGAAGAGAGGACAUGUCAAGAAUCGCAGACUUCGGGGAAUAUCCCUUACGACUUCGCAAAGAAGGUCAAACACAGUAACCAGCCUGCAAAAGGAAAGGAGCAGUAAAGAACUACGAAGAAACAUCGCACUGGCAUCCGAGGAAACACAGAAACAGCUCAAACCGAGUUCUUUGCAUGGUCAGAGAAUACAAACAUUGGCGCGAAGCAAGGAGAAGGAGACUCAGAAGUGGGUCAAAAGGAAAAAACCGAAACCAGCUUUACGCGUUUUCGCUGGACACGCCGGAGCAUACGAACUCCAUUCGUAUCAAUUUACGCGCCCUUCGAGACACGGAGCAAAGCACAGCAACGCGAGAGAGAGCACUUCCGACGAGAAAUACGGACAGGGUCAGAGGCAAGCCCAUACACGUCCCAAAAAUAGGACAGUGGAUACAAUUCGGAAACUUGCACGACGAGAAGAGUCACAGAGUGCUGGUGAAAAAGCAAUAACAGUUUUGGAGCGUGGCUAUUACUACGCUAAACCUAGCCCUUCUGCGUUAGCGUACUUCGAGCGAUUGUCAAAGGAUAUCUCAUGGUGGUAUGCACCCGACAAUGCCUAUAUGACGUCACUUUGCGAGCUUUCCGGUUUGGCGAAAUGUGGUGGUUUGCCGUUCAGCUUGAUCACCAACUGGUACUGGUUGCAUGCUGAUCCAACAAAUACUUCACCAUCCUUUAUACAAUUUGAUGGUGAGACGAAUCUUGGAGGGAAACUAGGCAAGAUGAGACAACUCGGUUUCUAUUUCUUGAAAGAAGACGGAAAGACUUGCGAUAGAAAAUCUGUUGAGAACGCCUACAAGCUUCUGAAUGAGCGGACGUCGAGUUGGUCACAUUUAGCAUCCUCAAGCCAAAAGCAGUUCAAAUUCUACCAAGAAAUUGUCGACUCAAUGUACAGUAACUCGUGGACACGAUGGUUUCUCAAUAGCGUAGCGGCGGUAUCUCCAUCGGCUACUGGACCGUUUUCCGUACCGUCUUUUAUUGGUCAGCCGCAACCUUUGAUCAGUGCAGAGCUCGAAUUACUGGAAGUAGUCUAUAAAGGUUCCUCGGCGAGUACGUUUGGCACAGUUGAGCUCACCUUCAAAUAUCUUGUCGGGGGUACUCGAGUCGACACUGGGCUUGAAGAUUUGGAGGUGACGGCAAUGAUGAAUGGAGAUUUUUGUGAGAAAGCAGCUGUUAAUCAAAGCGCUGCUUUGUCCAGAGCUGUUGAUCAAAGCGUGCCUCUGCCCAUUUAUGCUCAAGGUUCUCUUGGCACUAUAGUCGCUCGAUUAGAUGCCGAAGCUAUGUAUCGUAGAUGUCACUACCUCUACUAUGCUGAUGAGGUCAAGAGUAAACAAUGCGGAGUUCGGUCAUCUCCUAUAGCCAAAGACGCGCAACCGCUUUUAUUAAGUGAAUUUCCAGAUGCAGCUAACUCUUUUCUGUCAUAUCAGAUUAGCCCAUGA